AUGGAUACGCAUGAAUUACGUAUUAGAGAAGUCGGGGGAUUGUCUAUUUUAGUGGACAAGGACAAAAUAGUAAAUCCUUUAGCGGAGAAAUUUGCAAAUAAACAUCUACCACGUCUUAUCGAAAGUAGCGAAAUCCGCAGUACUAUGUUGUCGGAAAUUAGAAGUUGCUACCGGGAACAUUCCAAGAAGCAUUAUUUAUUGAAGCAGAUAAUUGCUGUUACAGAUGACUCCGAGGUACCAGGAGUCAAAGAAUCUAAGCAAAAUGUUUUCAAGCUUUGCUUCAAUUAUGUCUCAAAGUCGUACAUUAAUCAUCAUCUUAGAUCGGAACACAGGGUCAACUGCAACGCUUCAGAACAACCGGAUAUGUAA